GUGUGUGUGUGUGUGUGUCACGUGAUCGGCUGCCGUAGUUCAAGAUGGAGACUGUUGGAUUUGGAGGCUUCACUGUUAGCUAGCUGGUUGUUUACUAUAAUCACUAAAUAUGGAAAAUACGACGAGCAACAGGACGUUUUAAAGCUUGUCGUAAGAGCUGUUUUACUAAAACCUGGAUGAAUGUGUGUGUGUGUGUAUGUGUGUGUGUGUGGCAGCUUUUGAUAAAGCGAUGAAGUAAAAGUUGUUUGUAAACACACACAAGAGAGAGAGCAACACCUGAAGAUUAUUUAAGUACUAAGAGGCACAACUGUCAAUGGUUUUCAUCACUAACUCAUUUUGAGAGAGAUAGGGGAUCAAUAUGGCGCUGAGAGAGUUAAAAGUGUGUCUCCUUGGGGACACUGGCGUUGGAAAGUCGAGUAUUGUUUGGAGAUUUGUGGAGGACAGCUUUGACCCAAACAUCAACCCAACAAUUGGGGCAUCCUUCAUGACCAAGACAGUGCAAUACCAAAACGAGCUUCACAAGUUCCUGAUCUGGGACACAGCGGGACAGGAGCGGUUUCGAGCUCUGGCACCGAUGUACUACAGAGGUUCAGCGGCGGCCAUCAUUGUUUAUGACAUCACAAAAGAGGAGUCCUUCCAGACACUGAAGAAUUGGGUGAAGGAGCUACGACAGCACGGCCCUCCUAAUAUAGUUGUAGCCAUUGCUGGCAACAAAUGUGACCUGUCAGACGCAAGGGAAGUCCCGGAGAAGGAUGCCAAGGACUAUGCUGAUUCCAUCCAUGCCAUCUUUGUAGAAAGCAGUGCCAAGAAUGCCAUUAACAUCAACGAGGUGUUUAUAGAGAUAAGUAAGCGCAUCCCUGUUGUAGAUGCAGCAGGAACUUCAGGAAAAGGUUUCAAACUGGGACGGCAAGCCUCAGAGUCUCGCAGGACGUGCUGCUGAUGAUGCCGGUGACUGUCCCCACGUGACCUGUGACCUGUGACCUGACCUUUGCUUACCUUGCUUCAACUUACAGCUCCCACGCUCUGUUAAAAACACCCUGUCGUCAACGACACCCAGGUGAAACCGUGCCACUCUGAUGACCUCAGCAAAUGUAUUUUUGCGGCAACAAAUCAUCAUGUCAGAGAGAAAUAGUUCAACUGACCACUGUCCACUGACCACAUAAUGCUUGCAUCAAUACAUUGAUGGUGUUAGUGACAUACAACUUUACUGGCUUCUACAAUGGACAUCAGCCUCUGUCUGGUGUAUCGUAGCCGUAGGUUGGAUAAGAACUUACUGAUUCAUGGAUUCAGGAGUCAUGUGUACUUGUAAAUUUGUACAUGUACUUUUUUUUUCACCCAAAAGAUAAAUGAAAAUGGGUUUCAAUCUCACCAAAUGAUUUUGAUAGUGCUUAAGUUAUUGCCGUUUGUUUUUUUGGACAUGUUUCCCAACUUCUUGAAGAAUCCAUUUUUACAGUUCAAGUGUAAUAUCACUAAUAUGUCAUCAUUAGAUGUGAUGAAUAUGAGGUUAUUUAUCAGCAUUUGCUCAAAGGAUAUCUGGAGGGAUGUUUGUCGUUUCCAGUCACACUCACACUCAAGUAGGACUGUGCAUGCUAAAUAAAAACAUGAUUAUUGUGUGAUUGUUGUUUUCAUCAAGAUAUUAUUCAAGGGAAAUUACAAAAUGGGUGUCUUGAUGUAAACCACUAUCACACCAUUACAGAUGCAGAAAUGAAAGGUGUGUGGCAGCCUGCUUCCUCUUAUAUAUUGUUGUUAUUAUCUCUUUAGCUUGUAAAGAUAUUUUGAUUGUUAUUUCAUCCUGAGAAUGAUAACAAAUAUAGGAAAAUAUUUGUUAUCUUAACGUCCACAUCUCACAGCGAUGGCACUUAAAAUGCUGACUCUGUUGAUAGUCUCCAUGUUUAUUAUAUGUUAACAGUUCCAGCUGCUCGUGUAUGUUCCACGUUUCCACUCGUAACUGCAAUAACAUACUAACAAAAUCCUGUGUAUGAAGUGCCCCAUAGUGCACAGAAUAUCCUGUUAGUUGUUUCACAAUAUUACUUGUGCUUUAUUUUUCUCUAAUCCCAUUUUAACUGUUUGCUGGCAAGGCUGGCUGUCUUUAAUCCUUUGCUGCUACUUUAAAACAGUUUUACAGGGGAGCCUGAAUUUGUGAGAUCUUGCCAAAUUCUUUAAUUGUCCUAUAAACAUUUUUCAUCUUUCCUUUUUUUUUUCUACAUGUAAUCGGCCCUGGCUCACACGUCCAACGUUGUUUCACUACCUGGCCUACGAUAAAAACAAUGAGAUCCUUAAACUAGACCUCAUUCAGUGAAACUCUUAAGUUCUUGAGAGCUUAACUUGGCCUUUAGUGAGAGGGUUAUAGGUGCAGAAUCAGACGUGGCACUGUGUCGACAUGCUGACCCUUUAAUGAACCUUAGUCUCCAUUCUGCUCUCAAUUACUAUAUGUGCUUUGUUCCAGGAUCUGCUUUCUGAUUUUCCUUUCUCUCACUUCUUUUGCCUCAUUCCUCUAAACACCAGGCACUUACUGUCGGGCUGGUUUAUAUGGGACAGUAUAAAGCAGCUUUCACAGAGCCCUUUCAUCACCUCUUACAUUCAAGAAAAUCAUUAUCGCUUUGCGAUCCUGUGUGUUUAAUCUCUGUAGAUUAAUUUCUUGGCCUAAUUGAACUUCAGUUGCCUGAUGAGCCCCUGCCGAUUUAUUAAUUCUGUGUAAUGUCAUGUUUGUUUGUACCUUUUGAGCCCUUACAGCCACAAAACCUCUUUACAAAGUUGCCAAAAAAUCAGCGAUGUGGGCUUAAUUAGACUGCAUUUACAAAUAUGGAUUUUUUGCUUUUCUCUUCAUACAUCAACUUUAUUUGCCUUUAAAAAAAACUUUAAAUGUAGCUGUUACUGACGAGUUGUGUACUGCCUAUAUAUUGCUGCCUUUGCUUUUUUCAGGAUUUUCCUAAAGAGAGCAAUAGUUGUUGUUAUGACAAAGGUAAAAUGUGACCUAAUCCAAUAAAAUCCGUCAGAGUGAAACAUUUGCACAGUAGAGCAACACUCUUGUGCAAAAAUGUGAUCUCAUUCCCUCAGUUUCCGACAGAUGGUAAUGACAGGUUUACAUUUUAUGCUGAUUUGAUGACAGUUCCGCUCAUACAUAGUUGAUCAAAUGAGUAGUGUGAGGGGGCCAAGCCAAUGCCUUGAAAACCAGAGCGGCAUCCCAAACUUGCAAUUCAUUUUUGGUGCACUCGGCUGUUUUCAAUUAGUCACCCUGCACUAGAUCAUAAUGUUAAUUCCACCUAGUAUUUACUACAGCUUCAGCAAUUAUGAUAAAAAAGGGAAUAAUUCUGGUACUUUGAAAGCUGCACUUUGACUUACUGUUUGUAUUAAUUGGCCCAUAUCACCAACACCCUUUUCUGCAGUCUGUUACUUUCUCUGUGAACUUGAUGAAUAUUCUUGUAAAUGCGUCAGAAUUCAUAAUGUCCCUUUUGAUGUUUUUUUUAGGUUUUGACCAUUUGCUCGGUUCUUAUUGAUAUGAAGAACAUGGUGCCAAAUGAUGUCAACGUUAUUUUACUACACCAUGCAUAAUUAACCUUUUUUAUAUCUUUGAUGUAAUAUAAUGAUUUAAAGUGCAAAUCAAAUAACUGCUUUAAAAUGUUUGAAUUUUGAUAAUGAAGGCUGGCUUGACACAUGUUUUGUUUUUGUUUUUUUCUCGCCUAAUUUGCAAACCGGAGGCAUGGAUAGAAGUUGUGUGCCAGUUUUGCAUUGAAAAAUACCAAUAGUCUUGGGCCGGCCCUGGGAAUGUGAUAAAUCUAUAUUAUGUAUAUUUUUCAGUGUAGAUAUAUACCAUCAAAUUGCACACAAAUCAACAAUAUUCUAUUCUAAGCCAGUUGUGUGACCACAAUAGACCUCUACACUAUUUGCAGUAAUAUCAUCAGCACUGUAGUUACCAUAUUUAGCUUGUUACUAUGUUUCAUAUUGAUUGUAACAAAAUGCCUGAGACACUUGUUUGCAGUGUACUUCAAAAUCUGUAAAAGGGAAUUGUCAACUUGUUUACUAAUAAAAGAUUGACAAAAAAUA